AUGGAAAGAAGCCUGAGGAAUGUCCUCGUGGUGUCUUUCGGGUUUCUGCUUCUCUUCACAGCCUACGGAGGCCUGCAGAGCCUACAGAGCAGCCUAUACAGCGAGGAAGGCCUGGGCGUGACGGCACUCAGCACGCUGUACGGCGGGGUGCUCCUGUCCUCCAUGUUCCUCCCGCCGCUCCUGAUUAAGAAGUUUGGCUGCAAGUGGACCAUCGUCCUCUCCAUGUGCUGCUACGUGGCCUUCUCCCUGGGCAACUUCUACGCCAGCUGGUACACCUUGAUUCCCACCUCCAUAGUGCUGGGUCUCGGAGCAGCCCCACUGUGGUCCGCCCAGUGCACGUACCUCACCAUCAUGGGAAACACGCAAGCAGAGAAGGUGGGAAAAGUUGGCCGAGACGUGGUGAACCAGUAUUUCGGCAUCUUCUUUCUCAUAUUCCAGUCGUCCGGCGUGUGGGGCAACCUGAUCUCCUCCCUGGUGUUUGGCCAGACGCCCACGCAAGAGGCCAUCCCCGAGGAGCAGCUCCUGUUCUGUGGGGCCAGUGACUGCCUGAUGGCCACGGCGUCCACCAACAGCACGCAGCGUCCCUCGCAGACCCUCAUCUACACGCUGCUUGGUAUCUACACAGGCAGCGGCGUCCUGGCGGUCCUGCUCAUAGCCGUGUUCCUCGAACCCAUCAAGGACGCUCAGCAGGAAGGCAAAGGAGAGAAGAAAUUACCUUUUUGGUUCACCCUCCUGUCGACCUUCAGGCUUCUUCGAGACAAGCGCCUUCGUCUGCUGGUGCUGCUGCCGGUGUACAGCGGGUUCGAGCAAGCCUUCCUCGCGGGCGACUACACCAGGUCCUACACCACCUGCGCCCUCGGGAUCCAGUUUGUCGGGUAUGUGAUGAUCUGCUUCUCGGCCACCAACGCACUGUGCUCCCUGCUGUACGGAAGGCUCUCCCAGCACACAGGCAGGAUCGCGCUCUACGCGCUGGGUGCGGUGACCCACCUGUCCUGCAUCGUUGCCCUCUUGCUGUGGAGACCUGACCCCCGCCAGCUGGCCGUGUUCUUCGUCUUCUCUGGGCUUUGGGGCGUGGCCGACGCCGUCUGGCAGACACAGAACAAUGUGCUUUACGGCGUGCUGUUCGAGAAGGACAAGGAGGCCGCCUUCUCGAACUACCGCCUGUGGGAGGCCCUGGGCUUCACCGUCGCAUUUGGGUACAGCACGUUCCUGUGUGUCAACGUCAAGCUCUACAUCCUCCUGGGCGUCCUGAGCCUGGCCAUGGUGGCGUACGGGACGGUGGAGUAUCUGGAGGCCCAGAGCCUGGCCAGGCCAGCUGCCACAGAACAGAAAAAGCCAGCGGAGGAGGCGGUUAUGGAGACGGCCAUGUGA